GCCUGGCUGACUUGUCAAAAUUGUUCUGUGGUGAAACGUUAAAACAUGUGUUCUGAUCGUAUGCUUUUUGCUGCUCACUUAAAAAUAAUUGGAAAAAAUUCCCCCAACGUACAUCAAAGUGACCCUGUUUUGGAGGUUCUGGUAAGACUGAAGCAGGUGAUGCUGCAUCUGGCAAUUCAUGCUGUGUAGCUUGUGAAAGCUGUGCUCCCAGUUUCCCUUUGAAGGGCUCUAGAGAAAUCACGGGGUAGGAUGUAACCAUCCGUGUGGAAAGGGAGUUUUUCCUUCCUCAGUGACCAGCUACAGUAGCAGCCACUCAAAAUCAAAGCUCAUGCGCCCCUGCACUGCUCAGUUAUCACUUUGCCUGAUCCUUAAGGAUGGAAACCUCUUUUGCCUAUCUCCAAGGGGAGAGCUGAGCAAGGUGAAGUGGAGAACUGAACCUCCAUCCUUGUAAAGACCCUUUGACCCUAGAGUUUGGCUCUUGCUUCCCAUUGCCCCCAUUUUCCUUGGGAAUGGAAAGCUGUAUGGCACACGUCUGUGUGGCUGCCUGCUGCAGGGAUGCGCAGAUGCUGCUACUGGGCAGUUGUGAAGGCUGCCACGUUUUCAAGGAAAAUCAUGGGAAAUAUCAGAGAGAUUUUCUUCUUAAAGAGAGCCACAAGAUGGAGCAAAAUGAUUCCAGGAGCUCCUGGUUUUGACAUCUCUGUAUUUCUGUCUAAAAACAUCAACAAGAAAAGCUGUUAGAGACCCACUAUCAAGCUGGAAAAACCUGCUCCUUAACGACAGGACCUCGUGGGAAACCAUAGCUCUGAGUUUCAAUCCGCUGCUGUGCUUUUGAACUUCAAUCAAAGAGAGCUGACCCUGAAUCCACCAGAAGGGAUCGUAGCAGGUCCCAUGAAUGAAGAGAACUUCUUUGAAUGGGAAGCUCUGAUUAUGGGUCCUGAAGACACCUGUUUCGAGUAUGGGGUUUUCCCUGCCAUUCUGAGUUUUCCACUUGACUACCCAUUAAGCCCUCCGAAGAUGAGAUUCACGUGCGAGAUGUUUCAUCCAAACAUUUACCCAGAUGGGAGAGUUUGCAUCUCUAUUCUUCAUGCUCCUGGGGAUGAUCCCAUGGGAUAUGAGAGCAGCGCUGAGCGGUGGAGUCCCGUGCAGAGUGUGGAAAAGAUCCUCUUGUCAGUUGUUAGCAUGCUGGCAGUCUUUUUCAUUUCAGAGCCAAACGAUGAAAGUGGAGCCAAUGUAGACGCCUCCAAGAUGUGGCGGGAAGACAGAGAACAGUUUAACAAAAUUGCCAAGCAGAUUGUGCAGAAGUCACUUGGACUUUAAUCUCACAAAGAGACUGAAGUGUUUUGUAUUUUUCUCCACCUGAAAACGAGCAGUGCUCAGUGCUGGCACCAAAAAGGAAAACUUUGCAAAACUAUUGGCCUAGGUCUUCUUAUCACUCGUUAUUUAUUUACCAUCUCUUUUCUUUCACUGCUCCAGAGAAGCCUCUAGUUCACUCACUAAAUUGUGUGGAAAAGGGAUUUAAUACUAGGGAAAAUAUGGAGACAAUGCUGUUCCAAAGGCUGCUUGUUGCUACCUCACUUCAUGGUUUGGAAAGCUUGGAGACUUUGCAAUCUGCAGCCUGCCUUUGCCGAUCUGCCGUUUGAGAACGGAGCUGUUUUGGAUCACCUGCUGGAAAACUUAGUUGUGUGUUUUUAUAGGUAGCAUUGCAUCUGGAGCACCAGUAGGCAGCAAAUAAUCUGUCAAUUUUCUGAUACUCACUAAGGACAGCAUUUGCAAUCAGAACUAAUUAGGAGAGAAUAGGUAGCAAGAGAGGCUAUAAACUAAGGUUGUAGUCAGGAUGUGUUAGCAAAGAAAGUGAUUGUGCAGCAUGUAACUUAAGAUCUGGGGAGCUGCUGUCAGUGGCCGGGGGUCCAGAAUGGGCAGGUGUUCCCAUGUAACACUGUGAGUUUGUACUGAGUGUUUGAGUCAGUGUUUGCUUGGAAGAAAUUCUAAGAGCUGCUUUAUUACUCCUUAAAGACACUCAGUUGUAAACUUUACAUCUUGCAUCUCUAACUGAAGGUAAAGACUGGGUUCUUAAAUACUUUGGUCAGGUUCACCAUGGGCAGGUGGCACCAAGGUAGGCCAUUGGCAGCCUGAAAAUUUGCUGAGAAUGUGUCUGCUCCUCUGGGCAUGUAAAAUACCUCUGUCAUAAUGUCAGCUCCUCUCCUGUUGGCAUUUGGGUGUCGAGAGGAUUAGGCAUAGCUGGCCUUCGCCAUUACAGCCCAGGUCACCCGUUUUUAAGGUGAACGAGCAAAGAUGAACGCGAUUAAUUUUGUAAAAUUAAUUGUAACACUUCUUUAUGCUGACUGCUCUUGUGUGCUUAAAUAUCAGUCAGAGAAGACGCAAUUUUCUAGAGUAUGGUACGACGCAUGUUUAGAGCUGCAGUGUAUUGUAGCUGACUGCUGGUGUGGAUGGUGCAGGAAAUACCGGCUGCACCAUCAGUUUGUAAAACUGCUUAAGGGCCACUGGUGACCUUUGCACUUCGCAAGCAAAUCUCUUGUGUAGGUCCAAAUCUUCUCCAGUUUACUACAAGCAAUAACAUGCCCAUCGAUAGCACAUGCAAUCAAAUUCUGUUGGCAGCUUUAAACGGGCUAAAUUUGAGAAGGGCUUUUUAUUGGUUUUUUUCUGUGAAAAGUGUGUGACAUGGAAGGAGUCGCACCAUGGAGAAACCUUUACGGAGGUGAUUGUGUGCAUGCGCGUGUGUACAAUUUGUCAGUAUUUGUGUCUUGCCAUCUGUGCUGCAGAUUGCAGUAUGCCAUUGUUCUGCACCUCUGAAGAGUCUGUGUUGCUACAACUUGCUGAUUUUACCUCUGUGUAGAAGUAAGUCUUCUUGCUUUGGUGUAAGGGUGGGAGGGGAACCUGACAUAGUUUGGGAGCAGAAAUGGUGAAAUAGUAUUGUACCUAACUAGUAUUUCAAGGCAUACAGGAAAAUGUAGCACUUCUAUGCAAACUGGGAGCAUUGUCUGAAUUGUAGUAGAUGGAACGUUGCUCCUGGGAGCGCUGCAGCUGCUUUUGGAAACAACGCUGGAGAGCAUGGCAAGCGAUGGAUUCAACAGACACGGCAAAAGUGGGCUUUUUUUUAGGUACGGAGUAUUUUGUUCAUGUGUGCUCACUCAUUAUCUUUAUUUUGUGGUUGGAUUUAGUCUGUAUACUGAAAAUAAAGUGAUUAUAUUUUCUCCUUUCA